AUUCGUGUCAUGGCCGGAGUGCACCCCCUCACUUGAGGCCGGAAUCGAUUCCGGCCACGAACUAUAUACACGGCGCCGAGUGGCGGGAGGGCAACGAAACAAACUUGCACUUCAACCCAUUCAGCACCUUUGCACUGAGAAGCAACUGAGCAGCUCGAUUGGAAAUUAUUUGGCAAAUUUUUUUUGCGAAUUUUCCGCAUCCUUUUACAUACCCAUCUCACUUACACGCACCUUAUCGAAGCUCGUCUGAGUCGACUUACACCAACCCAAAUCUCAUCUGUCCCCUUGCCCAGACAUCAGUCGCACUUACACACACACAACCACACCAUCAUCACUCCAUAACCCACAUACAACCAACCCAUCCCAGACAACCCACACACCUUUACAACCCCCUAUCCCCACGUUUUCCAUUCAACCUUAUCCAUCACAAUGGGCUCAAUCGACUCCACCCCCUUCCCCGUCCUCGACGACCCCCGCGCGUCAGACACCUCCCUCCCGGCCUUCAUGGUCUCCACCACCCGCGGCUUCCUCCCCCGCGCCGACCCCGUCGCCGUCCUCCCUGCCGAGUUCGCGCCCCUAGAGGACAUUCUGGGGCGCAUGCCCGUCAAGAAGCUCGACGGCACCCCCGGCCUCCUGGCCUCCUCCAAGCUCGGCGAGACCGUCGACGCAGAAUUCCCGGACCUGACGGACGCCAUUGACAAGUACAAGGACAACCUGCCGCUCAUGAACGCCCUGUACCGCGACUACUCGUUCCUCGCGUCCGCGUACCUGCUCGAGCCCUGCCACGAGCGCUUCGUCCGUGGCGAAGGGUACGGGCUUGCGAGGGACGUGCUGCCGAGGAACAUUUCGAUGCCCAUUGCCCGCUGCGCUGAUCUCACCGGCUUCAAGCCAUGGAUGGAAUACGCAGGCUCCUACGCCCUCUACAACUACCGCCUCGAGGACCCCUCCAAGGGCAUGGAAUACUCCAACAUCCGCCUCAUCCGCGCCUUCGAGCAAGGCCUGGACCCGACCUCCUCCGAAGCAGGCUUCGUCCUCGUCCACAUCGACAUGGUCAAGAACACGGGGCCCCUCGUCAAAGGCACAAUGGCCGCCCUCCGCUCCUCCGUCCCCGCCACCACCACCUCACCCGUCCCCGUGCUGGACCGCGCAGCCCUCAACCGGGGCCUGUCCGAGGUCCUCGCCACCCUGCGCAAGAUCAACAACACAAUGGAGACCAUGUGGGACAAGUCCCGCCCGCAGAGCUACACCAGCUUCCGCACCUUUAUCUUCGGCAUCACCAGCCAGAGCAUGUUCCCCAACGGCGUCGUCUACGAGGGCGUAAACGACGACAAGCCAAUGUCCUUCCGCGGCGAGUCGGGCGCAAAUGACUCCAUCGUGCCCCUGAUGGACAACCUCCUCCAGGUGCCCAUGCCCGACACCCCGCUCACCGAGAUCCUCAAGGAUUUCAGGUCCUACCGCCCCAGCAACCAUCGCCAGUUCCUCAUGCACGUCAAGGACCGCUCCCUCGAAGUCGGCCUCAAGGACGCCGCGCUCUCGACAAAACUCUCCGCCGACAGCCUCGGUGCCGAGGAGAAGGAGGCGGUUAAGGAGUCUCGCCGGUUGUGGCUGCUAAUCCUGCACCAGGUGCGUGAUUUCCGCUGGCGGCACUGGUGUUUUGCGAGAGAGUACAUCCUCAAGCGCACGUCGCACCCGACGGCGACGGGCGGGAGCCCGAUUGUCACGUGGUUGCCGAACCAGCUCGAGGCGAUUUUGAUCGAGAUGGAGGAUUUGUAUGGGGCUGUGGCUGGUGCUGGCGGGGAGUGGGAUUUGGGCGAGGAGAUGAGGGAUGUGAUGGAUCUUGUUGCUAGGCAGAAGAUGACGCUGAGGAAGGAGGUUGCCAAGUAUUGUGCUGAGAGGGGGGUCAACACCGUUCUGCAGGGGAGUUCUUGAUGGG